AUGUCGCCGCAGAUGAUUGUGCGUCCACCGUCGAAAACUGGUUCAAUUGUCUCCCAUGAGGAUGAUAUUCCUCCUCAGCCACUGGACCUGGCCGAGCAUGAGCCUCGCCAUAAGGCCGGCUUGGGUAUAUCCGAAACCAGCAGACCAGGUACUAUCGACGACUCGCCCCAAUCUCCAGAUACUAUCGGCCCGAAUUCUCAGAGAAAGGAAGCUGUCGCCUUUCACAACCUGCCCAUCCAGGUGCUGGAGAGAAUCCUAUGGACGGUGGAUGCCAACAGCUUCGCUUCAUUAGCUCUCCUGAACAAGAACUGGUACCGAGCAGCACAAAACCGCGAACUUUAUGCUCAUCAUCUGUCCCGUUGUCCAUCCUAUGCCUUGUCCAACACUGUCAUUACCGGUCCAUUUCGGAAAUUCGACCUGUAUCGGCUCAAGACGAAAUUUGCAGCAGAGGUCCGGCGGAACCUGUUCGAGGCAUAUUUGCGACCUCGCCAGACCCUCAUCAACUUGAUAUCGGUGAAUGCCAGUUCCUCUGCCGCCUUGCCUGGGGCAGAAGCCUUCCGGUUCUCUUUCUCUCCAAAUGGCCAGACGAUUCUCGCAAUCAGUUCCUCACGAAUCUAUGUCAUCGACGCUGUGACAGACCCUAUCAAUGUACGCCAUGAGCUCAAGACGAUGAGACGGCCUCUGGCGGCCUCGGUCACCGAUGACGGCACAACAUUGGCCGUCCUGUCCUCGAAACAUCAAGCCAACGUGUAUCACUUGACGCGAGAUGGCGUGAAGCAUGUACAGGUGCUCGUUAUGGACAAUCCGCCCAGGACAAUCGCGUUGGCUCCCGAAGGCACGGUUUUAGCUGCUGCGUAUGAAGGUGGGGUCGAAGUCUUUUCGCUGGCACCGAAUGCCCUUUCCACCGACCGAAGAGCGGUGCGAAGCGAGGGAGUCGACAUCUUGAGCUUUUCCGGGGAUGGAUCGAUGCUGGUUGGCAGCACCCAGAGUUUGGAAGAGCCCUCGGCGGUGGUCAUCACUGCGCCUUUCUACACGGAGAACGAUCUAUCGCCCAAAGAAGUUCACAGCCGCAUGUGGACCACCCAGAUUCUGUUCCCGCAGAUUAGCAGCAUUUGCAGCCACGCAGAAUUGUUGCAAGGUCACACAGAGGGCGACGCCAACUGGCUUUUUGCUUACGAUCACACCCUCAUGUCCUAUCGGGCCGUGCGCACGGAUGACACUCGAACCGGCGUGGCCUACUUCUUAAAUCCCGCGACGAGCCGACGAUUCAGCCUGCCAGCACCAUCAACCGCACCCACUGCGACUGUGUGCGGCACUCUCGUCGCGGCUGGCUUCGCAGGAAGCGGCCUGUGGAUCUACGGCGUCCCCGAGAAGCUCGACGUCAGUCCGGACAUGGGCUCGGUGGUGGAGCGGCACGAACAGCGUCUGCAAGGAAGGAUGCCGUUGACCUCUGCGACAGGCCAUCUGGAACCCCUGAUGGCAUACUCGCCGUCAAUAUCUGGCAGCAGCGAGGAUAUCGAGGAUGAUUCGCUGGCGGCGAAGGUGGACUGGCGAGAAAGCCUGUUCGUCAAAUGUGAACGGAUCAAGACUCUGGAUGGUGCCACAGCGGCGAAAUGGGUGGAGAGGUGCGAAGACCGACCGUGCUCCUUUACCGGCAAGAGGUUGGUGGUCGUUGCGCCUGGUGGUGUUGAUCAGUUUAUGGAAGAACUCGGAGAUGAAAGUAUGCCCGUGGAUGGCUCACGGCUGUCGAUACUCGACUUUGACUAUUCGCCAUCCCACGGCGCAGACCGCGAACUGACCAUCGAAGUGGGUGAAAAGGAGCCGGAAUUGCUCAUCGAACGAAUGGGGGACAUGGAUAUUGAGGUGGCCAUGGAGAGGAGGCGGACGGUCAGAGAACGUGCCAGGGGAGGAUUGCGAGGUGGCCUCGGUCGUUCCGUCACCACGGCCUCUGCGACACCGGGAUCCCGUCUGAGGAGUGUCUCGCAGGCGUCGUCGGCGCUGGAUGUUGACGCCCAAAUUGCCUUGGCCAACGCGACGCCGGCCCCGUCACAACUCGCCCCGUCCAACUUGCACAGGUCCGCCACCGCUGCCGGUUUCUCUACGGCACGGUUUCCUCCCAGACCGCCUCUGGCGCAGCAACAAGACGCCGCCGCCAAUGCUCUCUAUCACCGGCCACCGGGUCAACAGUCGGACGGUUGGGAGUCGCCGCCUCCGCCCUAUCCCGCGGCGUCCCUCCAUGUCCAACCGGGGAUAACCUUGGGUUCACCUCUCAUCCAGACACGUCCGAUGGGGGGCACGCCCAUUCCCAUGAUAGGGAUUCCUGAGAACGGUCAUGCUCCGCCCGCGCAUCCGGGCUUUGGACAUGGCAGUCCCAUGAAUCCACAAUUUGCGCCGGAGAAUGCUGCUCUGAGGCAUGCUGUUGGUCCGUAUGGUGGGCCAGCCACUAUGAACGAUGCAUCAUUUGCUCCCACCUCUGACACGUAUCAACGCGCAGGCCCAGCCUCGCAAAUGCCUCCAGCAAAUGCCCCGUUCGUGCCCUCGGCGUCUGGGGAUUCGUCGAGGCCAGUGUCUCAUGAAGGUCGAAUCUCACCCUACCAACAGACUCCAGUCUCUCAGCGUCCCAACACGUCUGAUCGUCCGUCCCCUCUGAACCCGUCACAACAAAUGUUGACUUUUUCUGACACGACUCCAACCCACCAACCCUCUUCAUCAGGGUCUGUCACAUUGACUGGGGCAAAUUUACACGCUCGGCUCAAUCACCCCGUCCCGCCAACCCCGAGAUCUCUGGAUCAAAUGCAUCUGCCAUCGACCGAUGAAUCGGCCAAUGAACCGGUCGCGCCACAGCCUACCCUUUCACCCGCCUUCCAGGCCAAUGGAUCGUACGGGAUCCCGCCUCCGACCGCUGACCAAAUGGCCAACCUGAAUCGUCGAGUGUCUCAGACUGCGCGCAAGCCGGUUCCGCCCAUCGCCACUCACGGCGCUGUUAAUCAAAGUGCUCAAGCCCGGGAUUUGAAUGGCAGUCCCGGCGUGCCGCCCUCACCUCCCCGAGGUGCAUGGGGUGCCGCCGGAGUUCCCGGUUCUCCAUCUUUCAACAAGGCGAUCAAUCUACCCAACGGACUGACGAGGAACAACUCCAAGGGAAGCGGCCGUUCAAUCCCGAUUUCGUCAUCGACGCCGAAUCUCCAUGCGGCGCCGCCCGUUCAGGCGCAACGACCGCGCAUGGGCAGACUCGACACGAUUGAUAGUGUCUCCAGCUCAUACGGCCCGGGCGAACCAGGUUCGAGAUCACACAGUGUUGCGCAGGGUAUGGUCCCACCGAUGGUGCCACCGCCGCAAAAUCCCUACUUGAUAUCCCAGACCCAGUCGGUGCCGCACCAAGUGUAUCAGCAAAUGCCAACACACCGGACCCGAAUCUGGGCGGGAAACAGCCCGAGUCCCGUUGAGAGCGGGAACAGACGGGUGUUGUCCGAUCCGCCGUCGGUAGAAUCGGGCAAGAAGAGGAAAGGAAAAAGAAAGAAAGGUGAGGAGGCGCCUCGAAGUCAAACGCCUAUGCCGACCACCGCGGGAGGCACCAAAGAGGGAGGAAAGAAGGGAGGACGAUGUUUGGUUAUGUGA